CUCGGGAGCUAGCAGCGCAGCGAAGUUCCCGGGGCCGGGCCGGGCUGUGAGCGGCCGAGAGCGGGUCCAUGGGCCGAGUCCUGCUGCGCUGAGGGGGCGGCGAUGGCCCUGGCGCUGCGCCUGCUGCUGCUGGGGGCUGUAGCCCUGCAGGGGGGCCACUCCCGCUUGCACUCCAGGCGCGUAUUGGACACGGUGGUGUCGGAGCCCAGCCCGGGGCUACCCUGGUACAGCCGUGUUGUGUAUGUGGACGAUCAGGUCAUCUACGUCUACACCAGUGGGAUGCAGAAGGCGGAGCCUCGCACAGUGUGGAUGGCGCAGAACGAGGGUCCAGAGUUCUGGGACGAGAGGACCUGGUGGGCACAGCGCCAUCAGAAAUGGUUCAAAGCGAGUUUGAAGACCCUGGGUCAGCUCUACAACCAGAGCGAGGGGUUUCACAUUAUCCAGAUGAAAUAUGGCUGUGAUCUCCGGGAAGACAACACCACUUGGGGGUUUUACCAGGAUUCCUAUGACGGACGAGACUUUCUUACCUUCGAUAAGGAGACCAUGACUUUAGGAGCAGCAGAUAUUGGGGCUCAGAUCACCAAGAGGAGAUGGGAUGCUGAAGUAUUUGACAACCAGCAGUGGAAACACUACUUGGAAGAGAGAUGUAUCCCCUGGCUAAGGAGUUCUCUAGAGUACGGGAAGGAGACUCUGCACAGGAAAGUGCACCCAACAGCUAGAGUGAGUGACAGGUCAUCUCAUGACGGCCUCAGCACCCUCUCCUGUAAGGUCAGUGGGUUCUACCCCCGGGACAUCACCGUGACCUGGCUGAAAAAUGGGGAGAGCAGACAGCAGGUGACCUACUCUGAAGGCAUUCUACCCAAUGCGGAUGGGACCUACCAGACCUGGUUGACAAUGGAGAUUGAUCCCAAGAUCAAAGCCCAUUAUUCAUGUCACGUGGAGCAUGAAAGCCUGUUAGAGCCACUCUCUGUCUCCUGGGAACCAAAUAACAAUCUGAUUCCCACUGUGGCUGGAGUUAUCACUGCAGUUGUCCUGAUUGGUGUUAUAAUCGGAGUAGUUGUCUGGAAAAAGAAACACCCAGGGAGGAAGGGAGACGGCUACGCUGUAGCUCAGAGUAAGUGACAAGAGACCCAUCACCUCUUUUCAAGUGGCCAUCUCUGAACAACCAUCAGUAUUUGCUUGUGGAUUUUAGCCUAGAGGCACUGACAGGAGAUCCUUGCUCCCACUCAUAGGCCUUGUCUACACUGAGGAUUUUAGGGAAAUCUCCAACUAUUGCUUUAGUACCAUAGAAUCCUAGAAUUGUAGGACUGGAAGGGACCUCGAAAGGACACCUAGUCCAGUUCCCUGCACUCAUGACAGGACUAAGUAUUAUCUAGACCAUCCCUGACUAACCUUCUCUUAAAAACCGCCAAUGAGUGAGAUUCCACAACCUCUCUGGGCAAUUUAUUUCAGUGCCUAACCACCCUGACAGGAUUUUUUCCCUUAUGUCCAACCUAAGCCUCCCUUGCUGCAAUUUAAACCCAUCGCUUCUUGUCCUGUCCUCAGAGGUUGACGAAAAAAGAUGUUUCCCCUCCUCCUUGUAGCAACCUUUUAUGUACUUGAAAACUGUUAUCAUAUCUCCCCCUCGCUUUGAAACAUUUUGAUGAAAACUGAAACAAAAACGUUCUUUAGCCCUUUUCACGUGUUCUAUUAUUGCCUUUCCUUCCUCAUUGACUAAUGGGCCUUCCCUGUCCUUGGUCUUCCUCUUGCUUCUAAUGUAUUUGUAGAAUGUUUUCUUAUUACCCUUUAUGUCUCUAGCUAGUUUGAUCUCAUUUUGCACCUUGGCCUUUCUAAUUUUGCCCCUACAUGCUUGUGUUAUUUGUUUACAGUUAUCCUUUGUAAUUGAACCUAGUUUCCACUUUUUGUAGGUCUCUUUUUUGAUUUUUAGAUCAUUGAAGAUCUCCUGGUUAAGCCAGUGUGGUCUCUUUCCAUCCUUCAUUUCUUUCCUAUGCAGUGGGAUAGUUUGUACUUGUGCUCUUGAUAAUGUCUCCUUGAGAACUUUUCAACCCUCCUGAACUGUUUUUCCCCUUAGACUUGCUUCCCCUGGGAUCUUACCUACCAACUCCCUGAGUUUGCUAAAGUCUGCCUUCUUGAAAUCCAUUAUUUUAUUGUGUGUUUUCCCUCCUACCGUUCCUUAGGAUCAUGAAUUCUAUCAUUUCAUGAUCACUUUCACCCAAGUUGCCUUCCACUUUCAAAUUCUCAACCAGUUCCUCCCUAUUUGUCAAAGUCAAAUCUAGCACAGUCUCUCCCCUAGUAGCAUUCUCCAUCGUCUGAAAGAAAAAUGGUCUCCAAUACAUUCCAAGAACUUGUUGGAUAAUCUGUGCAGUGCUGUGUAAUUUUCCGAACAGAGGUCUUCUUCAGUAGUGUAGAGUGGCUGUAGACACAUGUUCUAUAACCUUGCUCAGAGGAAGUCUAGAUGAUAGUGGUUAAAAACACCUAAACCCGAUCUCCUCAAUUGCUCCACCUUUGCUGUCACUGGCGGAAUUGCACUGCUUGUGGGUAUGGGUCCCAAUUUUGCUUAUGUAGACAAGUCGAUAGUCGGGAAUGUAUACAGUGGUGUUGGGCUAAAUUAUUAUCCCCCUAGAGCUGUGCUGUCUAUGGCUGAGUGUGACCCUGAAAGUGUGUGACCUGCUUUUAAUGUUACAAUUCUUUUGACUUACCUGAAAGUGGUUUUAGUGCUUGUGAAAUCUGGGUCUGAUCCAAAGCCUGUUGAAGUCAAUGGGAGUCAGAUCAGCACCACUCUGUCACCUCAGUGACCACGAGUUCAAAUCCCCUCCUCAGUUGUCUCCUGUAAUUAGCUUUAGGAACAGACCAAGACUAAAACUAUGGGAAAUAUUUACAUAAAUUAUGGACUGUCUCAGAGCCCGUCUAAUGCGUGGCACCAAAAGCUGGUAUAAAGUGCACAGAUCUGCCGGGCCCUGCUAGGCUGUAGCAGUCCAGCUCUCUCUUUACCCUCUCGGGUGCUUCCAGUGGGAAACGGAGGGGGUUUGAAAAGUGCCAACAAAACCUCCUCAGAGAAUCACCCUUCCUUCUACAGUUGGCCCUCAGUCGUGCCUCCCUCACUCCUCGUUACUCCAGAACAAUGGAAAUUCACAUGCAAGAACUUUGUUAAUGUGGAGUUAAGGUUGCAGGUGCUCAGCCCUGCCCUGGGCUCCCUGUGUCCUUUCAGAAUGGGAGUGUUUAAUUCCCAGAAGUCAAAAGUUGGCAAAUCAGGAUAUGCAGAGGUAUUAUGAUUGGGGCCCUACCAUAUUCACAGCCUUGAAAAACGCGUCACAUACUGUGAGAUCUGGUUUUUUGUGUGCUUUUACCCGAUACUAUACAGAUUUCACAGGGGAGACCAGUGUUUCUCAAACUGGGGGUCCCAACCAAAAGGGGGUCUUCAGAGGGUGUUGGUGUUGGUAGAAGGUUAUUGUAGGGGAUUACAGUAUUGCCACCCUUACUUCUGCACUCAAUUCAGAGCUGGGUGGUCAGAGCAGCUGCUGCUGACCAGGUGCCCAGCUCUGAAGGCAGCACCCUGCCAACAGCAGCGCAGAAAUAGGGGUGGCAAUACUGCAGCCCCUCUACAGUAACCUUGCUGUGCCCCCGCAGCCCCUUUUUGGGUCUGGACCCCUACAGUUACAACAGCGUUCCCUCUAAUUUUUCCCACUCGUGUGCGGAAUGAAUCUUAUGUGACACCAACAUGGAGGUGAUGUGCGACAGAUCACCUCCAUAUUGGGGCACAUAUCAAAAUUAGUGGGGUGGGGCUGAGGGGUUUGUUCGGUGUGUGGGAGGGGGUUCCAGGCUAGGGCAGAGGAUUGGAGUGUGGGGCUGAGGGCUCUGGCUGGAGAUGAGGGCUGUGGGGUGGGGCUGGGGAUGAGGGAUUCAGGGUGCAGGAGGGGGCUCAGGGCUGGGGCAGAGGGUUGGGGUGGGGUGAAGGCUCUGGCUAUAACAAAAAUAUAUAAAUACACUAGCCAGAUUAGAUUUACCAGAAACUAUAAACUGUUCAGCCCAAGUUUCAGAAUGUGUUAAAUUGUCUUGCUUUCAGACCCUAUCUAUAUAGAAAUUGCAUUAAAGCACAAAUGUACAUGAAUUGAAAAUGUAUAUGUUUUAUAUAGGAUCAAAUAUACUGUUGUAUUGGGACCAGUUGGCCUUUACCUUUCACUUUCCCAACACUUCUCUAUCCCUUGCAGUCUGUCUUUCACCUACUCUUUCUGCUCAGGUUGCUUUCAACAAAAGACAAGAGUAAUUUUCUCUUCUUAAUUCAGUUGCCUUGAGUGUUGUCGCUUUCUUCUUUGGCUUGUUUUCAAACAAGAAGUCUUGGUUUUGUUUUGGUGUUUCUUGUACCUGCCCACAUUUUCAUCAGCGCCCUUUGGGAGCUCCUCUUCUUAGGGUGGAUAAAAAUCAUAACUUUAAAAUUUUUAUUUAAAUUAUGGCAUUUAAAUUUAGUUUAUUUUUUUUUUAAAUUUAAAUCAAAUUUCUUAUUUACAUAUUGCUAGUUCUCUUCCAUUUUAUGGUCUUAAAUUGCCAAAGUGAUGUUUUGUACUUGUUGUUUUUUUUAAUUUCUCGAUUGUUAAUAAAAUUUCAGAUUUUAUGUAGAUUUUUUUUCUACUACGAAGUUUCACACUUAAAAUGCUCAUCUGUGCUGAAAAAGACAAGCCCGAGGCCUCAUUAAUAUUCCCUAUUAUGAGACUGUACAGACACAGAAUUGAAAAGCAAGUAGCCUGUGCUCUGUGCCUCCUUUGUAAAGAGCUUUGAGAUCUACUAGUGAAAAGCGAUGUGUAAGAAUAAUAGAAUAUCAGGGUUGGAAGGGACCUCAGGAGGUCAUCUAGUCCAACCCCCUGCUCAAAGCAGGACCAAUCCCCAGACAGAUCCCUAAAUAAGCUAGAUGAUUUGCGGCCAGCAUCACCAUCCAGUAUACUGUACUUCCACAAGUAAAGAGCUGAAAUGCUUCAACCACCAGGUUUUACAGUUUGAAGUCAAUGGGACUUGUGCCCUAAGCAUUCUUGAAAACCCCUCCCUUAGAUAGCUAAAGGCAGGCUGAAGAGCCUAAUUUUGGGCUCCACUAUUUGAAAACUUUGGCCUGUAUAAAAAAAUGCUACUGUAAAUUACUGAGAGUUUAAAUAACUUUUUAUUGUUAAAACAAAAUUAUUUCACUGUUUAAGUGACACAGAUUUUAUGCCACUACAUGAUAAGUUCUUAAUAAAAAUACACUGAGUCCCUGAUGCUGCAAAUGCUUACCUAACUUUAAAACACGGAACUGUUUCUGUGAGUACAAUUAUGUAUCCCUUUAAAUGUUUGCAGGAUCAGGGAAUUAAUUUUCAAUAUUUAGAUUUUUGUGUACAGCAGUUUUAUAAAAUUGAUACCCGGGGGCUGCUGACGAAACCAAACUUGCCCUUGUCUCUGUGCCCAGCACCUCCCCAAAUCAGCAUUCCUCUUCAUACCGUCCACACUGUUCUGUGCAGUGCCAUUGAUUAAGGCGGGGAUUGAAUUGAUGUUGAUUGGCAGGGGGACUGUUCCCUCUAAUUAUUUUCAUCCCUAUUUACAAAGAAUUUUAUUAUGUGCACCAGUAUGGAAGUACUGUGUGGAUACAUGCCACCAGUAGAAACAAAAAACCUAGAUUUAAUAUAUAUAUAUUUUAAAAGUUACCAUAGGGAUAAUUACUCCAGCCAGGACAGGUUAGGCAUUUUAGAACUGACUACUCAAAUAAUUAAAUUUAAGUAUAAGAAAAAUAAAUGUUUAACUGCACAGACCAGUGAAAAACCUAAAAUAACAGCACUUGGAAAGAAUAAAAUUACAGAGAAUAUAUGUGCAUUGCAGAAAGUACAAAGAAAUAACAACAAGAACAACACAAGUAUGUGUUGGAGGUGAGUGUGAAGGAGAAAGAGUGAGUGUGUGUGUGAGAGAGAGAGGGAGAGAGACACAGACAGACAGGGUGCAUGUGUGCUGGCUGCUGGGGAAGUUUGUGAGAGGCCGUGCACUGUCUCUUUAAGGCACUCACACCAGAAGGCUCAGACCACAGCAGCUGAGCUCUCCAGCUCCUGAGGCUUGUCCCCCGCUCCUGUACUGUGGAGAUGGGGUACAUGGGUGGGGGGAGGGGGAAACCCUGACAUCAGCACCACCCCCCUCUUCCCCGUUCUGCACAGCCAGCGUGCAGAGCAGCGGGGGGAGAGGCACUUGAACCUAUGCUGCCAUGCUUGGCUCUGCUAAUUAAGUGCACAGUAUUUGAUUCACUCUUGGGUGGCCAUGUGACUACGCAGCUUAGAGGGAACACAGGGUGAGGGUGAAGUCUAUGGUGUGCUUCAAGGACCCCUCUGGGCACAGACCAAAGGGGGCAGGGGUAUCUGUGGAACUCCUUGCCAGAGGGUGUUGUGAAGACCAAGACUAUAACAGGGUUCAAAAAAGAACUAGAUAAAUUCAUGGAUGAUAGGUCCAUCGAUGGCUAUUGACAAUGAUGGUGUCCCUAACCUUUGUUUGCCAGAAGCCGGGAAUGAGUGACAAGGGAUGGAUGAUUGAUGAUUAUCUGUUGUGUUCAUUCCCUCUGGGGCACCUGGCACUGGCCACUGUCAGAAGACAGGAGACUGGGCUACAUGGACCUCUGGUUGGACCCAGUAUGGCUGUUCUUAUGUAUUCUUAGCCCAGCAUUUCCUAGUUUGCUAGCCUUUGAAUUUGAGUAUUCAGUGCUCCCAUUCUGAAGAAGCAUGAGAAGCACAAAGCAGUGCUGACCCCCUACAAUGGUAACGUUUUUUGCAUGUGAAUAAUGGAAAUCCAGGGCAGCUGCACUGCAGACUGAUCUGUGCACCAACCAUCUCACUGCUAGGAGAGAGUAAGGUGAUGACUGUUCCCCUUUGGAUAAGAGUCCCCGUAUCUACUAACUAUGCUGAAACCCUGCCUGUGAGAGAUGCUAAUAUCCUCUCCCUUCUCCUCUGCACAGCAAAUGACCAGGGAUCUAGUGGCUCUGACAUAUCUGCCAAGGGUAAGUGAGGGGGACUCUAGCCGAGAGGUUCACUGCUCUGACUCUGGCCUCUGGAGAGAGACACUUUAGUCCAAGUCAUUGGACCUUGAGUCUCACUGGCCCGUCCCCUCUAGCAAACCAGACCCAAGGAGCAGAACAGGGGAGUUCUGGAUCUCUUAUUUCCCUUUUAUUCACACUGGCGGUGCAGGAACAGGUUUGCAGCCAAAUCCCCCUUGUUUUCUCUGAGAUUAAUUUAGGUGUGAAAUAGUUUAGGUGUGGGUUUUUUACCCACGAAAGCUUAUGCCCAAAUAAAUCUGUUCAUCUUUAAGGUGCCACCGGACUCCUUGUUGUUUAGGUGUGAAAGACUCUAGUGAGAGGGAUUUCUCUGUGGCUGCUGUUACAGCAUGGGUUGAGAUUUGUAAUGAUAAAUCCAGCUGCUUCAGAGAACAGUCUCCAUUGAAACUGCAGGGAGGAAGCAGAAGGGACAGAACUCAGCACCUGAGGCUCCAGAAACACAGGUCUCUGACACUGGAGCUAAAAGCUUUGUCAGCAGGGUUAGAGAUUUUGUCCACUGAACACUAGGGUGAGCGUCCUACAGCAGCGUGCACUGUCAUUGCAAAACAUUAUGGCAGGUUCCCCUUAAUAAACGUUGCCUGUGUUUAACUUCUGCAACUUAACAGAGCCUGUUGCAGUCUGUUUGACAACCUGAGAGAAUCCCAGAGGGGAAGACCCAGGACACCAGACGAGAGCUUUCCAGCAAGUGGGAAGAAGAUCUAAAAGGGGAAAGGAACAGACAUAACUGACCUUGCUUUCCCCACAAUGCCACAUCUAGAAGGACCGGAGGGAAAAAGAUUGAACUGGGGGGGAGAUGCUGGUCUGAGGCAGGAAAGAAGGAAGCCUGCCUGUGUAUGCAAAGGCUAACCUAUGUGUACUGGUGAUAUAAAAUUAUUCUACUUAACUGGCAGGGGGCAAAUUUGUCACGUACACAUGGGAGAAAGAAGGACAAAAUGCAGGGUCAGCUAUAGGUAGUCAGGAAGUUUCUUCAAGAGGAAAUGUAGCCAAACUCCAAACCUGGAGACAAUGGACCUUUCUGUGCCUGCGUCCUGUAGAUAGCUAACCGCUUAGUUCGCAAAAUAAGCAAGGAGGAGGGGGCAAAUAGAUGAACAAUAAGGGGUCAUAAGAGGGGCAGAUACAUGUAGCUUGCUAAUUAUGUAUGGUAAUGAUGGCAAAUUUUGGUCAAUCAUAGAGCGAUAGAUUAUCAUAAGCAACUGCAUAUAAUGCUUUGGUGUAAGUGUUUUCUUUGUUCUUGCUGAUUUAUGAGCUCGAACCCAAUUGCAAUUGAAAUAAAUGGAUCGCCCCUCCUGGGGCUCCUUGCUUGA